GUUUACGGUUUCUAUGGUAACACUGCUGCACGUCAGUCUCACAGAUAAACCGAGUCACCUAACUUCAUAUUAACUAUUCAACCAAACAGAGAAGACAGUGAAUGAAGUGUCUUUUGGCCAAAGAUGGCUGCCUCUUCCGGAGUUUUCAAAACCAUAAAGACGAGGGACAUGCCGCAGUUUCCCGUCCUGCCCCCGAUUAAAGGCCCCCAGCAGCGGGGAGGAGAGAUGGAGCAGCUCGAAGCAUCCAAGGAGGAGAUAUCCAAGAGGUUAUCUGUUUAUAAGAAGCUGCUGCGACACAGGAGGAGCAAACAAGAGCAACGCCAUACGAUGCUGUUCUCCAGAGCAAUGGAAACUUACAGAAAGAGCAAAGAGAGGAGAGCAGUGGGCUGCCAGUCACCAGAGCCUCAGUUUCCCUCUUCUAUGCUUAGUGAGGAGCGGAAGUGUAGGAUGAACUAUGAGUUCCUGAAGCGAUGUGUGGAGAGACGCCCAUACGCCCCCAUCCAGCAGCAGUGGUUGGACUCCAUUGUCUCCCGAGUCCCGCACACACUGAAGGAGAGUCCUGAGACAAAGAAGCUGCUGCAGGAGCUCUGCACAGAAGUCAGCGACGACUUCCGCCAUGUUAUUGUCAAGCACACAGUGGACUCGGUGCUGAGGAAUCCAGAUAAAGAGAAGCUGAUCUCGGACGAACAGACAGCUACCCAAACACACGUUCUGGAUUUCUCCCGGCCUUGGCAUGACAGCUUUAUCCGAAGCCGCAGGAUGAUAAAAAGAAAUUUGCACAUUCUUCAUCCGGUCAUGCAAACUGUUCUGGAUAUUGGCUACACAACAUUUUCUACCCUGGUCCUGGCUGAUCUUUCAGGAUGGAGGGCUUCAGGACCCGUGGACUGUAAGAACCUACAGAACAAAAUGGCUGUGGAGUGUAAGAGGACAGAAGAUCGUAUCAUGAAUACCUGGUUUCCCCAAGUUAUCCACUUACUAACCAGUGAAGAAACUCUGAAAGGAGUUAAAGAGGAGAGACUGGACUGCUUCUAUGACUGUGCAUCCACACUCAUCUCCAAUCAGUUGAAAUCCAUGCUUCAGACAAGUGUGGAGAUGUUUAUCAAUCUGUUUGAGCUGAGCAAUCCCCACCACUUGCCCCUCUUCCGUUUGGCCUUGACAUUUGAUGAUGAAAAGAUGGAAAUUUACCCCACCUUACAAGAUCUGGAAGCUGCUGUUUUUGAGAUUCUUAAUGCCAUCACAAAUACACUGCAGAGAGUACAGACGGUCCAGUCAUGGUUGACACAAGCCACGUCUUCGUUUGUUGAUGCUAAGGUGGCUGAUCGCGUCCUUUCUUGGGCUCAGGACACUUUAAAGGCAGCUGUGUGCAGGAAUCUGGAGGAACCUAACAAUCAUUUCCAGAGUUAUGUUGACAAGUAUGACUGGCUAAUCGAUGGAACUGCACAGACGCGGGUGGAGAUGUUCACGGAAGAGGAACACUCUUUUGAUGAGUACGCUAAGCUAGUGGAGGACUUCCGUGCUGUGUCAAAGGAGCUCACCAGCCUCCCAACAAAGGUUCACUUCACAAUGGUCCAUCUGGACUGUGAAGAGCUGAAACAAGGGCUGGCUCACAAAGCCAAAGCCUACGCCGAAAUACUUCUGAAGAAAAUGAUCACCAGCCACCAUGAGAAAAAUCUACUGAUCUGCUCUGAAUUUGAAACCAUCAGAGAGAAAGCUCUGAAGGUUCCAGAGAACACAGAGGACAUGGCUCAAAUGGUUGAUUACAUACAUUUUACUAAGACGAAGAGUAUUGCAGAACUGAAUGAAAAAAUAAAGGAAGCCUACAACAGACUGAUCUACCUCUUGGACGUCCACAUCGUUGAGCCCGAGGAUCUGGAGCUGAAUUCAACUGUCUUUCUCUGGCCAGAGAACAUUCUCCAUGUCUUUGAACUCAGUGAUGAGGUAUUGCAGAUGGCCAAGCAGAGGGGGGAGCAGGAGCUGCUUGCUAAAAGAGAGCGAUUGAUGGUGCACCUGGAGAAGCUGGGACGCAGAAUAGAGGAGUUCCCACAUUGCUCUGAGCUGGAUAUGAUGCAGCAGUAUGUUUCAGAUGUCAGAACAGUUCAGAAACUUCUUCAGGAGACUGAGGAGGGAAUUGGCUUCAUUAACAAAGAAGAGAUCUUCUAUCAGUGGGAGCCCACAUGUUACCAAGAGGUCGAUGUCAUCAAAGAGACUAUUGGACUGUACCAGAAGCUGUUUGGACUUGUACUGAAGUGGCAGCGCACAGAGAACAGAUGGAUGGAUGGAUCCUUCCAGGACUUGGAGGGGGAGAGCAUGGAGGCACAACUGGAUGAGUUCUUUAGAGAGAUCUUAAAGAUGCUGAAGUUUUUCCAACAGAAACAGAACAAGGUCGAGCAAGAUACUGAAAUGUUUGUUGGAAAGGCUAAGGGACAACCUAGCAUAGACGAUCCAAGGAAGCAAGAGAACCCCAACAUACUUCUGUGCUCCACUGUAAUGGAGCAGAUCAAAGAGUUCAAGGACCAUAUCCCUGUAGUCUCCAUCUUGUGUAAUCCAGGCGUCAAACCCCGCCACUGGGACCAGAUGUCACAUAUAGUUGGCUAUGACCUCACUCCUGACUCUGGUACUACACUACGCAAAGUUCUCAAACAAAACCUGGCCCCUUACCUGGAAGAGUUUGAGUCUAUCAGUGCUGCUUCAAGUAAAGAGUUUUCCUUGGAGAAGGCAAUGCAAGCCAUGGUGCACAUUUGGGACGGUAUUUCUUUACAACACCAACCUUACAGGGAGACUGGGGUUUCUAUCCUGACUUCCUGGGAUGAGAUUCAGACAAUUCUUGAUGACCAGAUUGUGAAGACUCAGACUAUGAGGGGCUCACCUUUCAUCAAACCAUUUGAAAAGCAGAUCAAGCUGUGGGAGGAGCGUCUGCUUCGCAUUCAGGAAACGAUAGAUGAGUGGCUGAAGGUACAGGCCCAGUGGCUUUACCUGGAGCCCAUCUUCUCCUCUCAGGACAUCAUGCAGCAGAUUCCGGAGGAGGGACGCCUUUUCCAAACUGUUGACAAAAACUGGAGAGAAGUCAUGAGACACUGCAUUAAGGAUCCCAAGAUUCUGCCUGCAACUUCGCUGCCUGGUUUGCUAGAAAAACUGCAAGAUUCCAACAAUCUCCUGGAUAGCAUCAUGAAAGGACUGAACGCCUACCUGGAGAAGAAACGUCUCUUUUUUCCAAGAUUCUUCUUUCUGUCUAAUGAUGAAAUGCUGGAAAUUUUGUCUGAGACCAAAGACCCACUGCGAGUGCAGCCCCAUCUUAAGAAGUGCUUCGAAGGCAUUUCUAAACUCGACUUUCUACCCAAUCUGGAUAUUCAGGCCAUGUAUAGCAGUGAAGGGGAGCGUGUUCAGCUAAUCCAACACAUUUCAACGUCUGAAGCCAGAGGAGCUGUGGAGAAGUGGUUGGUGCAGGUGGAGGAUGUGAUGCUUCGCAGUGUCAGAGAUGUGGUGGCCCGGUCCAGGGUGGCCUAUGCUGAGACUGCGAGGAGCCAGUGGGUGAAGGAAUGGCCUGGGCAGGUGGUGCUUUGCACCUCCCAGAUUUACUGGACGAUGGAGGUGCAUGAGGCUAUCAGAGAUGGGGCUGAUGGUUUAAAGAACUACUAUCAGCAACUGCAGAAUCAGCUGAAGGACAUUGUGGAGCUGGUGAGAGGGAAACUGCCCAAACAAACACGGAUCACUCUGGGAGCAUUGGUCACGAUCGACGUCCAUGCCAGGGAUGUGGUGAUGGAGCUUAUUGAGAAAGGUGUAUCACAUGAAACUGACUUCCAGUGGCUCGCCCAGCUGCGUUAUUACUGGAGCAAUGAUAACGUUCGUGUUCGCAUAAUCAACUGUGACGUUAAAUACGCCUACGAGUACUUGGGGAACUCACCACGUCUGGUCAUCACCCCGCUGACUGACAGAUGCUACAGAACUCUGAUUGGAGCUUUCUACCUGAAUUUGGGUGGUGCACCCGAGGGCCCUGCUGGAACAGGAAAGACCGAAACCACCAAAGACCUGGCCAAAGCUCUAGCUGUGCAGUGUGUGGUCUUCAACUGUUCUGAUGGACUGGAUUACAUCGCUAUGGGAAAAUUUUUCAAAGGACUGGCAUCAUCUGGUGCGUGGGCAUGCUUUGACGAAUUCAACCGUAUUGAGCUGGAGGUGCUGUCUGUAGUGGCCCAGCAGGUUCUCUGCAUCCAGAGAGCCGUGGAGCAGAAGCUGGAGUACUUUGACUUCGAGGGGACUCUGCUCAAACUCAAUCCCAACUGCUUCGUGUCCAUAACGAUGAACCCUGGCUAUGCAGGACGCUCAGAACUCCCAGACAAUCUCAAGGUGUUGUUCAGAACAGUGGCCAUGAUGGUGCCCAACUACGCACUGAUAGCAGAGAUUUCACUGUAUUCAUAUGGCUUCCUCAAUGCUAAACCACUGUCUGUAAAGAUAGUGAUGACCUACCGGCUCUGUUCGGAGCAGCUGUCUUCCCAGUUUCAUUACGAUUACGGCAUGAGAGCUGUCAAAGCUGUUCUCGUGGCUGCAGGAAACCUCAAGCUGAAGUUUCCGGAGGAGAAUGAGGACAUACUGCUCCUCAGGUCUAUAAAGGAUGUCAAUGAGCCCAAGUUUCUCUCCCAUGAUAUUCCACUAUUCAAUGGGAUCACCAGUGAUUUGUUCCCAGGCAUCUCCCUUCCUGAGGCUGACUAUAAGCUGUUUCUGGAGGCUGCUGUGGAGUGUUGUAAGAAUCACGAUGUACAACCAACAGAGGUCUUCUUAAAGAAGAUGAUUCAGACAUAUGAGAUGAUGAUAGUCAGGCAUGGGUUCAUGCUGGUGGGUGAGCCUUUUGCUGGAAAGACCAAAGUGCUGCACACGCUUGCUGACACUCUGACUCUCAUGAAUGAGAGAGGGUAUGGUGAAGAGGAGAAGGUCAUCUUCAGGACAUUGAACCCAAAGUCCAUCACGAUGGGACAGCUCUUUGGACAGUUUGAUCUAGUUUCCCAUGAGUGGACAGAUGGAAUCGUGGCCAACACAUUUCGUGAAUUUGCAUCAGCUGAAACACCGGACCGUAAAUGGGUGGUGUUUGAUGGUCCUAUAGACACACUGUGGAUUGAGAGUAUGAACACUGUGCUGGAUGACAAUAAAAAGUUGUGCCUGAUGAGUGGGGAAAUCAUCCAGAUGUCCAAUCAAAUGAAUCUGAUAUUUGAAGCAAUGGAUCUAUCACAGGCCUCUCCUGCCACAGUCAGUCGAUGUGGGAUGAUCUACCUGGAACCAUCUCAGUUGGGCUGGGAGCCUCUAGUCAUCUCCUGGAUGAACUCUCUUCCUGAUCCUCUUCAGAGGCCGGACAACCGCUCGCUGCUGCUGGAACUCUUCCAUUGGCUCCUGCCUCCUGCGCUCAGGACGCUGCGUAAAAACUGCAGAGAAGUUGUGUCCACUCAUGACAGUAACACUGUGGUGUCCUUGUGUCGACUGUUUGAGAUGCUGCUCACUGAACCUGUCAAGACGGACCCUGGAGAUAAAAAUAUUUGCGUCUGGAUCAUGGCUGCUUUUGCCUUCUCCCUGGUGUGGUCAGUGGGCGGCAGCUGUGACGCAGACAGCAGAGAGAUUUUCAGUGAGUUCUUCAGGGCGACUGUUUCAGGAAAAACAGAAGAAUUCCCAGUCCCUGCCUCUGUGGGAAAAUGGGAAUGUUCCAUGAAUGACAAAGGCCAGGUGUAUGACUAUUUCUAUGAGUUUAAAGGUAGAGGCCGUUGGGUUCACUGGAAUGAUGCCAUCAAGAAUGUCAACCUGGGCGACAAAAACACCAAAGUGCAAGAGAUCAUUGUUCCCACCAUGGACACUGUUCGCUACACUUAUCUGUUGGACCUCUGCAUCAGCUACGGAGUACCUCUCCUGUUUGUUGGUCCUACUGGCACCGGGAAGUCCGUGUACGUGAAGGAGAAACUGAUGAACAAUCUGGACAAAGAUCGCUAUUUACCCUUCUUCAUCAAUUUCUCAGCUCGCACAAGUGCAAACCAAACCCAGAAUAUCAUCAUGUCCAGGUUAGAUAAGAGAAGGAAGGGGGUGUUUGGGCCCCCCAUGGGCAAGAAGUGCGUCAUCUUUGUGGAUGACAUGAACAUGCCUGCACUGGAACAGUUUGGAGCGCAGCCACCUGUGGAGCUUCUUCGACAGUACAUAGACCAUGGAAACUGGUAUGAUCUGAAGGAUACCUCCAAGAUCACUCUUGUCGACCUCCAGCUCAUCUCAGCUAUGGGCCCCCCUGGUGGAGGGAGAAAUGCAGUGACGCCUCGCUUCCUGCGGCACUUCAACAUUUUUAGCAUCAAUGCCUUCAGUGAUGAUACUAUGGUUCGCAUUUUCUCCAAUGUGGUGGAGUUCUAUCUCAGAAACAAUGAAUUUCCACCUGAAUAUUUUACUGUUGGCAACCAAAUAGUGACGGCUACAAUGGAAGUGUAUAAGAAAGCCAUGGAGAACCUGCUUCCAACUCCAGCCAAGUCUCACUACACAUUCAACCUGCGGGACUUCUCACGCGUAAUCCAAGGCUGCCUGUUGCUCAAGAAGGAGUCUCUGGAGAACAAACGCACUAUGAUUCGCUUGUUUGUCCAUGAGGUCUUCCGUGUCUACUACGACCGUUUGGUGGAUGACAAAGAUCGCGCGUGGCUCUACCAGCUCAUGAACAGCGUCCUCAAAGAUCACUUCAAAGAGUCUUUUGAUCAGGUCUUUGAUCACCUGAAACAAGGGAGUAAACUGGUUGAGGAGGACAUGCACAAUCUUCUGUUCGGCGACUACAUGAACCUCGACCUGGAGGAUGAUAAGCGGCUGUACGCUGAGGUGCCCUCAAUGGAAAGCUUUUCUCAGGUGGUGGAGUCGUGUCUCGACGAAUACAAUCAGAUGCACAAGAAUCACAUGAACCUGGUCAUCUUCCGCUACGUCCUGGAGCAUCUGUCCCGUAUCAGCCGUGUGUUGAAGCAGUCUGGAGGAAAUGCCCUGCUUGUGGGAGUGGGAGGCAGCGGACGCCAGUCCAUCACACGUCUGGCUACGUCCAUGGCCCACAUGACGCUGUUCCAGCCUGAGAUCUCGAAGAACUAUGGCAUGACUGACUGGAGAGAUGACCUCAAGAUGCUCCUGAAAAAUGCUGGGGUGAAAGGUCAGAAGACGGUGUUCUUACUAACUGAUGCUCAAAUAAAAAACGAGGCUUUUCUAGAAGAUGUGGACAGUGUCCUGAACACAGGAGAGGUGCCCAAUCUGUUCGCCGUAGAUGAGAAGCAAGAGAUUAUGGAGGCGGUACGUCCCUUUGCCCAGGGUGGAAAUAAGAAUUUGGAGUUAAGCCCUCUGACUCUAUUUGCGUUCUUUGUGGCACGCUGUAAAGAGAACCUGCAUAUUGUCGUGGCCUUCAGUCCCAUUGGAGAUGCCUUUCGAAAUCGCCUCCGCCAGUUUCCAUCUCUUAUCAACUGCUGUACCAUUGACUGGUUCCAGCCAUGGCCAGAGGAGGCUCUGGAGCGAGUGGCCAACUCCUUCCUGGAGUCACUGGAGAUGAGUGAAAACGAGAGGCAGGAGGUCAUACCCAUCUGCAAAACAUUCCAUACCUCUGCCAAACAGCUCUCACAGAGAUUCCUCUCUGAGCUUGGUCGUCAUAAUUAUGUGACACCCACAUCCUAUCUGGAGCUGAUUGCAGCUUUCCGUCUGCUGCUCACUCAGAAAAGAGACACUGUCAUGAAGGCAAAACAGAGGUAUACCAAUGGUCUGGAUAAACUAGCCUUCGCUGAAUCUCAGGUGGGUGAGAUGAAGAAGGAGCUGGUGGAUCUACAGCCCAAGCUAGAGCAGGCAAAGAUAGACAACACCAAAAUGAUGGAGGUGAUUGAAGUGGAGUCUGUGGAGGUGGAAGCCAAAAGUAAAGUUGUGCGAGUUGAUGAGGAGGCAGCAACUAUAAAAGCCAAUGAGGCUCAAGCUCUGAAGAACGAGUGUGAGAGCGACUUGGCGGAGGCUAUUCCUGCCCUGGAAGCUGCUCUCUCUGCCCUGAACACUUUGAAGCCCUCUGAUGUCACAAUCGUGAAGUCGAUGAAAAAUCCACCUUCAGGGGUGAAGCUGGUGAUGGCAGCUGUGUGUGUGAUGAAGGACAUAAAGCCAGAUAAGAUACCUGACCCGGCUGGGGCUGGAAAAAAGGUUUUUGACUACUGGGGUCCGAGCAAGAAGCUUCUGGGGGAUAUGAACUUCUUGCGAGAUCUUAAAGAAUAUGACAAAGAAAAUAUUCCUGUCCCUGUGAUGCAAAAAAUCCGUAGUGAGUACAUGACAAAUCCUGACUUUGACCCAAGUAUAGUGGCAAAGGCCUCCUCCGCAGCAGAGGGCCUGUGCAAGUGGAUAAAAGCAAUGGAAGUGUAUGACCGUGUGGCAAAGGUUGUGGCUCCUAAGAAGGCCAAUCUGGCGGAGGCUCAGGAGUCGCUGGCUGCUACCAUGACCCUGUUGGACCAAAAGAGAGGCGAGCUGAAGGAGGUCGAGGACCGUUUAGCUGCUCUACAGAAAACCUUUGAGGAGAAGACGGAGGAGAAAGCUCAGCUGGAGUUCCAAGUGGAUUUGUGUGCCAGGAAGCUGGAGAGGGCUGAGAAACUCAUAGGUGGUCUGGGUGGAGAGAAGACCAGAUGGUCUAAGGCAGCAGAUGAGCUGCAGAACACAUACGACAACCUGACUGGAGAUGUCCUCAUCUCUGCUGGGGUCAUCGCCUACCUCGGGGCUUUUACUGCCGGCUUCAGAAAUGAGUGCACCAAAUUAUGGACCAAACUCUGCCAGUCUAAGACCAUUCCAUCUUCAGAUGACUUCUCUCUCAGUAAAACCCUGGGAGAUCCCAUUAAGAUCAGGGCUUGGAACAUUGCAGGCCUUCCCAGUGACUCUUUCUCUAUCGACAACGGUGUCAUUGUCAGUAAUUCACGCAGAUGGCCCUUGAUGAUCGACCCUCAGGGCCAGGCCAACAAGUGGGUGAAGAAUUCAGAGAAAGACAACAACCUGAGUGUGAUCAAGCUGACUGAUGCAGACUACAUGAGAACUUUGGAGAACUGUAUUCAGUUUGGAACUCCCUUACUGCUGGAAAAUGUAGGAGAGGAGCUGGACCCUUCGCUGGAACCACUGCUGCUCAAACAGACCUUCAAACAAGGUGGUGUGGAUUGCAUCAAGUUGGGGGAGAGUGUGAUUGAAUACUCGUGCGAUUUCCGUUUCUACAUCACCACUAAGCUGAGGAACCCUCACUACCUACCAGAACUGGCCACCAAGGUUUCCCUGCUGAAUUUCAUGAUCACCCCAGAGGGUUUGGAGGACCAGCUGCUGGGCAUCGUGGUUGCCAAGGAGAGGCCUGAGCUGGAGGAGGAGAGAAAUGCACUAAUACUGCAGUCAGCUGCAAAUAAGAGACAACUAAAGGAAAUCGAAGACAAGAUCCUGGAGACGCUGCAGUCAUCAGAGGGAAACAUCCUGGAGGAUGAGAGCGCCAUUCAGAUUCUGGACUCCGCUAAGAUCAUGUCCAAUGAGAUUACUAAAAAACAGCAGAUUGCAGAAAAGACGGAGAUUGAGAUAGCAGAGUCCAGAGAGGGUUACAGAACCAUUGCCAAGCAUUCCUCCGUCCUGUUCUUCAGCAUUGCUGAUCUGACCAAUAUUGACCCCAUGUACCAGUACUCUCUGAGCUGGUUUGUCAACCUCUACAUCAACUCUAUAAAAGACAGUAACAAGUCGAAGAUGCUGGAGAGGAGGCUUCGAUUCCUGACCGAUCACUUCACCUAUAAUCUGUUCUGCAACGUCUGUCGUUCUCUGUUUGAGAAGGACAAACUGCUCUUCUCCUUCCUCCUCUGCUGCAAUCUCCUCCUAGCAAAGGAGGAGAUUGAGUACUGUGACUUCGUGUUCUUCCUGACUGGUGGAGUGGGCCUGCAGAAGACCAUCGCUAACCCUGACCCCCGCUGGCUACAGGAUAAGAGCUGGGAUGAGAUAUGUCGAGCCAGUGAACUGCCUGGCUUACAAGGAAUUAAAGAGGCUUUCAUCAGGACUCCGGGAGACUUCAAGCCCAUCUAUGACAGCAAAGAGCCCUGCAACACUCCCCUUCCUGCACCCUGGUGUGAUCGACUCAACGACCUGCAGAAAAUGAUCAUUGUUCGCUGUCUCCGGCCUGAUAAGAUAGUUCCAGCUGUCACUAAGUAUGUGACUGGCAAACUGGGGAAGAAAUUUGUCCAAGCCCCUCCCUUUGACCUGAGUAAGAGCUACCUGGACUCCAACUCCACCCUCCCUCUGGUGUUUGUGCUGUCUCCAGGAGCUGAUCCCAUGGCCAGCCUACUGAAGUUUGCCAGUGACAAGAGCAUGAGUGGUGCCAAGUUCCAGUCCAUCUCUCUCGGUCAAGGCCAGGGUCCCAUCGCUGCUAAAAUGAUAUCUACAGCCAUGCAGGAUGGGACAUGGGUGUGUUUGCAGAAUUGUCAUCUGGCUGUUUCCUGGAUGUCCACCUUGGAGAAAAUCUGUGAGGACUUCAGUCCAGCAACAUGCCAUCCUGACUUCCGCCUUUGGCUCACAAGCUACCCUUCACCAAAGUUUCCAGUGACCAUCCUGCAGAGCGGGGUGAAAAUGACAAAUGAGCCUCCCUCGGGACUGAGACUCAACCUGCUUCAGUCUUACUUGUCAGAUCCUAUUUCUGACCCCAACUUCUUCAAUUACUGCCCCAAUAAGGAGCCGAUUUGGGAAAAGCUCCUGUAUGGACUGUGCUUCUUCCAUGCACUUGUUCAGGAAAGAAAGAAGUUUGGUCCACUGGGCUGGAAUAUUCCCUAUGGCUUCAACGAGUCUGACCUGCGUAUAAGCAUCAGACAGCUACAGCUGUUUGUGAACCAAUACAAUGAAGUGCCCUUCGAGGCCAUAACGUAUCUGACCGGGGAGUGUAACUAUGGAGGCCGUGUGACAGAUGACUGGGACAGACGUCUCCUGAUGACCAUCUUGACGGACUUCUACAACAAGGAUGUCAUUGAGAAACCUUGCUACCCUUUCUCCCCUAGUGGUGAAUACCAUGCCCCACCUAAAUCUAUCUAUGAGGACUACAUUGAAUUUAUCAAGGAGCUUCCAUUCAGCCAGCACCCAGAGGUUUUUGGGAUGCAUGAAAACGUAGACAUUUCCAAAGAUCUCCAGCAGACCAAGGUGCUGUUUGAUUCACUCCUACUCACACAGGGCGGUGGCGCUAAAGGAGGAGUUAGCUCCGGGAGUGACAACACACUCUACGACAUAGCCAAUGGCAUCCUUACCAAGCUUCCAAGUAAUUUUGACAUAGAAGCAGCUCUGUCAAAGUUCCCAGUGCUCUACGAGGAGAGUAUGAACACCGUCCUCGUCCAGGAGAUGGAGCGCUACAACACGCUGUGCAUUACGAUCCGUGAGAGUCUACAGAACCUGCUGAAGGCCAUUAAGGGUCUGGUGGUGAUGGAUGCAGAUCUGGAGGCUGUUGCCAGCAGUCUGAUGGUGGGCAAGGUCCCAGAGAAAUGGGCCAAGCGCUCCUACCCGAGCCUCAAACCCCUGGGCAGCUACAUUUCUGACUUUCUCUCAAGAUUGAAGUUUUUGCAGGGAUGGUGCGACACCUGUAAACCCAACGUGUUCUGGCUGUCUGGCUUCUUCUUCACCCAGGCCUUUCUAACUGGGGCGAUGCAGAACUACGCCAGGAAAUACCACGUCCCCAUCGACCUGCUCAGUUUUGAUUUUGAGGUUCUUCCUAUCAAUGAGUCGGACACAUCACCUGAGGACGGUGUUUACAUUUUUGGAUUGUUUCUGGAUGGAGCUCGAUGGGACAAAGAGCGAGGACUUCUGGCUGAGCAGCUCCCCAAAGUCCUGUUUGACAUGAUGCCCAUCAUCUGGAUAAAACCCACUCAGAAGAGGAGCAGUGAUCAGCCUCAGGAUCUGUACGUUUGCCCUCUUUAUAAGACCAGUGAGAGAAAGGGCACCCUCUCCACCACAGGCCACUCCACCAACUUUGUCAUUUCCAUGACGUUAACCACCAGCACACCCCCUCAACACUGGAUCAAGCGUGGUGUGGCCAUGCUCUGCCAGCUCGAUGACUGAAACAAAACAACACCCUGGACUGCUUUGUUUCUUAAAGAGGCAUUUCUUCUCUCAUCCAAGUUCUAACUGACUAGUAGGGGUUAGCACCUGUCCUGUGGGGGGGUUGAGUCAAACAGGCAGGUUGUUGGGUUUGCAUGAGCCCCUAUUCAGACCUGGUGUUAACAUCAGUCCUUGAUCACAAGUGGACAGCUCUUAAUACAUCUGGGAAACAUGUGUCCACAUUCUUUUCACUUUGUGAACACAAAUGUGUCCUGGGCCACAUGUGAAGGACCAACUACUCCGCUGACACUACAGUUUCACAAGGUUACCAUGUGUGGAUUUGCUUGUGGCAACAAUAUGUUUUGCCACUGCUGUGCAUUAGUGAUGGAUGAUAGAGAAUGUGCUGCACAUAGAUGCACUGUAUGAAAAUGUGUGAAUGGAUAAAUGGCUAAACUGUUCUGUAAAGUGAUCAUCAAGACUAGAAAAGCUCUAUAUAAAUACAGACCAUUUACCUCUAUGUAUAUAUCUCUUGCUCACACCGACAUACACACACACACACACAGACUGACACACAACAUUGUCAUCAAACACAUCUAUAAACUCAGCCUGGGUAAAAAUUAAAUCAUUUUGUUGUUGCAAACACAAAUGACGUACGUGUUUAUUAGGAUAUAGAGCAGGGAAGUGAGCUCUGAUCACAAGUGGUCACAGGAGACACCCAGGAUGCAUUUGAACUCAGAGCUGCCCAAUUGUGAUCAGAUCUCUCCAGACAGAUGUUAAUACCAGGUCGGAACAGGGGCUUGACUCAGUGGACUCACUACCUGGGUGCUCAACGUGCUGCAUGUUUAACAUAACGACCCUCAGGACUGGUAAACACCCACAGAUUAAAACAUCCCAUUGGUCAGUUAGAACUGAAGAAGCC